UCAGUUCGGGUCUUCUGAUAACUUUCCAACGGAUAUACUUCGGGCUUUUAUGAUCAUUUAGUAUUAUUAUAAAAGUAACUAGAAGACAAUUACACAGURAAAAUGGCACGUUCAGGAUUUCAAUUGAUCCAGUAUUUUGCAGUAUUUAUUGUGUUUUUAAAUGAUUGUUCAGCAAAUGGAAUAAAAGAAUGGAGUACAUUGCCAGUUUAUGGGAUGCUAGCAAACGCAGAACUAUUAAAUUCAACUAAAUGUGGCAAGGAACUCACUGAAUUUCGACAAGCCAUUGAUAAGCGUAUAUUAUGGAGCWUAAGAGUAAUCGACGCAAGCGGCAGACCCACAUCUGGAUUCAUUUAUGGAAAUAAUUAUUGGUUCGGUAGUAAAGACCAGUGCGAAGAUGUCGAAAAUAGAAAUCCYUUAAGUUUAUCGAAAGAAGUACUACAAAAUAAUUCGAAAUAUCGUCCCAUCGAAGAUGAAUUUCCACCUUUCGAAGUGAAAUAUUUUGUCGCUAAUAUUCGACAUAAUAGYACUAUGCAAUAUCACAUUGUAGUAGAUAACGAAGACWUAAUAGUAUUAGGUAUGUGUUURCCAGCAUCMUGUUCRAAGGAUCAACUUUUUACUCUAUUAGAAAUCUCCUUAAAAGAUGGGACUAUUCUUCAAGACGAACUAUAUUUAGCCCACUUUUCAUUGGUUGAA